AUGGCUACGGAACAAGCACCAGCGGCCCAGUGGUGGGAUGCUUUCCCCGCGCCUCGAGCCAGCUGCCCAAGCAUCGAAGCCGGCGAGGUGAAGCAGAUGCUCGAGCGACUUGAGCAAGAGCCUUCCGCCAAGCGUGAUUUCCUGCUAGUAGAUGUGCGUCGGACGGACUGGGAGGGCGGCACCAUCAAGUCGUCCAUCAACUUCCCCGCGCAGACGCUGUACCAGACCCGGCAGAUCAUCUAUGAUUUGUGCGUGCAGGCGGGCAUCACCAAGAUCAUUUUCUACUGUGGUUCAUCCAGCGGACGCGGUCCGCGGUCCGCCAACUGGAUGCAGGACUACAUCAACGAGCGAGGCGACGAAGGCCGGCUCCAGUCGCUGAUCCUCAAAGGCGGUGUCAAAGGCUGGGUCAAGGCUUAUGGUGCAUCGCUGAUGGAUUUCUGGGAACCGACGUAUUGGGAGCAAUUCAAAUAG